AUGGUGCACAUAUGCUAUGAUCAGCUUUACGCUCAGACAGUCAACAAAACUACAAAACCUAGAACUGCUUGGAGAUCUAGAAGUGAAGGUAACAGGAAAACUCUUGAUCAGACUCAAAGACCUCUGGAACUGGCCACAAUGAUGAACAAAUAUGUACCCAGUGAGAUGAUCCAUACCCCAUCUUUUCAUAAUUGCUUUCCAAUGUCAGACACAAGAAAUUAUUUUGAAAUUUAUCAGAUAUUUAGCAAGAUGGAUUUGUUCUUUGAAAAGUCUGAUAAAGUUGCUGGGGGCUUAGUCUUCUUAUUGAAGAGUGUACACAAUCUGGAGAUCUUCAUGGACUCUGAACUCCUGUUUGAUGAGCAGAGAGCAUUGCUAGAACAGAAGCAGAAGAAGAAACGUCAGGAACCAAUGAUGGUUCAGUCCAAUGUAGACAGCCGCACAAGGACCCGUAGAAUGAAACAAUCUGAAGAACAAGCACCACUGGUUGAGUCUUACCUCAAUAGUAACAGCAGCACUAUCUAUCAUGCAGUACAAGAGACUGAGCAGGAAGAUGUGAAGGUGGCAGCAGAUCCACAGGGUCCAAAGUCAACUAAAAAACCCAAAGCAGCGACAGGAGGCUGUCAAACAAACAGUACCAGGAAGGAGAAAAAAGGGAAACAAAAAGGUAUUGAUGGUCCAGCUGCUUUUCAAGAUGAAGUACAGGUAGCAGGCAGCCAAGUUCAAAUUCUUACUGUUGGAGAAUCUUGCCAUGAUGAGGAUGAUGGAGAGAUGAUAGCUACCAGCCAACAACAAGGCAAACAAGACAUUAGAGUAACAAUGCAGAAGAAAGGCAUUUCAAGUAGCAUGAAUUUUGAUGAAGAGGAGGAUGAGGAAGAUGAAGAUAGCUCAAGUUCUUCACAAUUAAAUAGUAAUACCCGACCAGGUUCUGCAACAAGCAAGAAGUCAAAUAAGGAAACAGCGUCAGGGCCCAGCCCUUCAACCAAUAACCCUGUAAUAGAUGUGGAUGAUUUGGAGGAGUUUGCUGUGAGGCCUGCUCCUCAAGGAGCUACUGUCAAAUGCCGAAUUACAAGAGACAAGAAGGGAAUGGACCGUGGAAUGUACCCUACUUAUUACCUCCAUCUCGAAAGGGAGGAUGGUAAAAAGGUAUUUUUAUUAGCUGGAAGGAAACGGAAAAAGAGCAAAACCUCAAAUUACCUCAUCUCCAUUGACCCAACAGACCUGUCACGAGGAGGAGAGAGUUUCAUUGGAAAAUUAAGGUCAAAUCUCAUGGGGACUAAGUUUACAGUUUACGAUAAUGGAGUUAACCCAGUGAAAACGACAUCGAGUUUGGAGGCAAGUAACCUACGCCAGGAGUUAGCUGCUAUUUGCUAUGAAACAAACGUUUUGGGAUUUAAGGGUCCUCGUAAAAUGAGUGUUAUCAUACCCGGAAUGAAUAUGGAUCAUGAGAGAGUUUCCAUCAGACCACGGAAUGAACAUGAAACACUCCUCUCAAGAUGGCAAAAUAAAAACACAGAGAGUGUCAUUGAGCUGCACAACAAAACUCCAGUCUGGAACGAUGAUACACAGUCUUACGUUUUAAAUUUCCAUGGUCGUGUAACACAGGCCUCUGUGAAAAACUUCCAAAUUAUUCACGACAAUGAUCCCGACUACAUAGUGAUGCAGUUUGGCCGUGUGGCAGAAGAUAUUUUUACAAUGGAUUAUAAUUAUCCUAUGUGUGCAGUACAAGCCUUUGCUAUUGCACUGUCCAGUUUUGACAGCAAGCUGGCUUGUGAGUGAACAAGUUAUGCCUAAACUUCACUACAGCCAAAACCAUGUGCCACUGGAAGAAGAGAACAUACAUUCCACAUUUUCUGUAGUGUCAUCAGUGGUCACACAUCCUUAUGAGGCA